AUGUCAAUUUAUAGACGCUUAUUUCGUAUCGUCUCUGCGACGCUCUUUUCCUUUCUCUCCAUUAUUCUUUUGGCCUUGACAGUUCUCUCCCCUGCAGACAUAAUCUAUCAGUCCCGUCGAAACAACGGUCUAGGCAAUAUCUUUGCCGUCAGUAUAGUAUAUUUACUUACCCUGUCAUUCUCAUUUGUGAUAUAUGCCGGCCGCUUGUUUACGAACCGCGGCGUUUUCGCUGCAAUCCCAAAACCAUGGAUUCCUGUCGAGAAAGCAGAUGUGCCGACGACCGUCAGAAGGCUCGUCGUUGAAGGCUUUCUCCGAAGCUCUGUCAUCGCCCAGCAGGCCCGGCCAAGGGAUAUUACCCAGGAUGAUACCUCUCAUCUUGACCAGUCCCUUCUGAUUCCGAGCAAUCAAGAGCCUCCGUGGGGUACAAUUUCACAUGCAGGCUGGACUGCACCACAUUGUCCGGAUCUUCCAAACCAGGAAUUUGAAGCAGUCAUCAAAGAACUUCCCCAUUUAAUAGAGGCCAAAGCUGUAUCUCUAGCACCCAUGGACCCUAGGUCAGCUUCGCGACUGGGCCAUCAAGCGUUUGAUAACUCUCAGGAGGAUGAGAGGAGACGAGAAGUUCCGGAUAAACGCGUCGUCGAGGUACUGCAGAGGCCACCGAAUGCGUGUCUCCGCGACUACUUGAAUCACCUCAACCACCUCAACCUGAUUGAUCCCCCUCAUCUAAUCGGGGAUUUCCUUCGGUUGUACGAAUGUUCACGGUUCUCAGCGCGGCCGCUUGAGGAGGGCGAAUUUCGCGAGAUGAUGGGGCUCUUUGCUGAAAUUUUACGGAGCAUGAAAGAAAUUGACCCAGCCAUCCUUUCAGAACUACAGUCAACGGAGUCAUCGGAGGGUAGAGGAUCGGUUAUCGGCCCAAGUUCGUUUUACGGACCUAGACCUGUCUUUUCAAGCUCCGACCCAUCCUUUGUAUCCUUUGCGGAGAACACAGGACUUCGGCCAUCCCGCUCAUGGUAUUCUUCAAUUUACUCGGCUUCCGACAAGAGCAGCUUCCGCCUCGAGACAAAUGACACACGCAGUGUGCGGGCACGACGGACACCAUCCACCAGGUCACUACAGUUAAUGCGUUCGAAUGCCUCCAUCAACUCCGGAGAGAGUGUCAUCCACCGCACGGUUUCUCAUGUGUGA